CCGAAACUUCUGCAGCAAGCAUCAUGGCGAAUACCAUCCAGAAUACAUUGGCGAGUCAUACCAAUACCCCAGGUUCUAAGCCGGUUGAGUAUGUGGAGACUGUCGAGGCGUAUAAUCGAUGGGCAGAGGUCUACGACACCGACGGAAACUUCCUGCAGGCCCUUGAUACCAUUGAGAUGAGCCGAUUGCUUCCGACCUUUCUAAGUCGAGCAGCGUCUACCAACUCAAGAAAGCUCGUCGACCUAGGCUGCGGCACCGGUCGAAAUACCCUCCAGUUAGCGAAACUGGCUACCCCGGGCACCGAAAUCGUCGGGGUGGAUGCCUCGCCAGGGAUGUUGGAGGUUGCGCGGCAGACGAUCCGCAAAGAGACGAGUGUCGAGGACGUGUGCGUGUCGCUGGAUACGUUCGAUCUGCUGCAGUCGCCGCCUCGACCGCCGGGAUGUGCUGUGGGUGCUGCGGGGGUGAUCUCGACGCUGGUGCUGGAGCAUAUUCCCGUGGCGCAGUUCUUUGAGGGAGCAGCGGCACUGGUGGUGCCGGGGGGAUAUUUGUUGGUCACGAAUAUGCAUUCGGACAUGGGAGCGAUCAGCCAGGCUGGGUUUGUGGAUGCGGCGACGGGCACGAAGAUUCGGCCGACGAGCUAUUCGCAUACGGUGGACGAGGUGGUGGAUGCGGCGCAGAAGGCCGGGUUCACGGUCGAGGAGGUGGAUGGGGAGAGGGUGCGCGAAAGGACGGUGGAUGAGAAUAUGGCAGAGGUGCUGGGCAGGAGAGCGAAAAAAUGGAUUGGCAUCAAGGUGUGGUUUGGAAUUUGUUUUAGGAGGAAUGCUGUAUGAAGUUUUCUUUCUUUCUUGCUGGAUUCAAGGCCCUGGUUUAUGGGUUCUCGAGGCCUGACGAUUGUGAAUGCUAGUAAUAUACAUGAUUAAGACAUCUGGGUGGUUUGAACGAGCGCAGCCAAAGACAGUGCCCACUUAUUC